CCUUCCAUACAGCAGAUACUGGUUUCUACAUGGAGACCAUCUUCUCUUUCAGAUGUUUCCUCCAUCAGAUCUUUAAUUAUUGAUCAGCUGAUUAAUAAACUGGUUUAAUGUUCCGUCCUCUGCAGCUGAGGACCAGAAAGCGUCUUUAUAGUAAUAAUUCAUGUGAGUGUUUGUUAUUUCCGGGCUGCUUUCGGGGCUUGUUUUGCUCAGACUGGGGUGCAGGCUUUUCCCUCCCCCUUCCAGAGGACAAAGACUAAAAUGGGUCAGACUGAGGAGAGCAGCAGCGGAUCCUGCGCACCAGCAUCCGGAGGCAGAGAGCAGCUGCUGGCCGCCUUCCAGGCUCUCUGAGCGGGCACCUGCUGCUGCUGUCCUCCGCUGGUUCCUCCUGCUGAGUCCUUCAUCCCCGCUCAGCCCACCGGCGUUUUCCUCAUUGCUGCUCCGCUUUUCUUUGGUUCCCGACAUGUCGUCCUGGGAUGGCUGACGCCGCUAACUGGGAACGAACUGGUUCUGGUUCUGGUGAACUGGACCCGCUGGAUUCCUCCAGCCUGCAGUGAAACACCGACUCAUCCGCCCCCACAUUGACCGCCGGAGGACGAUGGAGGCCGGGCUGAGCUGAACGGAGUCCCCGCUGACCGCUCAGAACCUCCACUGGAUCCGUUUGGAGACCUUUGUGAUCCCAGCCGACACGCCACAGCCAUGACUCCCCCGGCCGACCUCCGACCUUUGCCCGGGCUGCUCGUCGUGAUGCUGCUGAUGUCACUUCCUGCUGCAGCUCUGGAACCAGAGACGUGUUUCUCCCGGCAGCAUCAGGGCGCCGCCAUCAACGUCAGGGUAGCGCUGAGCCGGGACUCGGCGGCCAUGAUGGCCCGGAUGGUCCGGUUGGAGCGGGACUGCGUCCUGGCCUGCUGCUCGGAAGAGGUCCGAACAGGCGCUCGGUGCAACAUGGCCGUGUUCAAAGCCAACAAACACGCCGGCGAAGACAACUGCCUGCUGUUCCACUGUCCCACCGAGUCGGACUGUCCUCUGAUGAAAGCCGCCGAGGGCAGCAACACCUACGACAUCUACAAAGGUUUAAGUCAUCCACCCACACUGAGACCUGUUCCCAUGACAACCACUCUCCAGACUACCAGCACCUCCACCUCUACCACAUCAGCACCAACUACACCAACCACCACCCAGCCCACCAGCACAACCAGCACACCAACCACCGUCCAGGCACUGCACUCCACCCCAGAACCUUCUCCACCCAUCAUCAUCAUCGCCACAGAGCCUGCAGGUAGUCCACCCACCACCAACACCACCACCACCACCACAGGACCCUCUCCCACCUUCACCACCAGAAAACCCAACAAAACCAGCAAGAAGCAAAACAAAACCACCAAGAAAGGAAAAUCUCAUCCAGCCCUCACCACCACCACCACUACCCAAACAGCUCCCAGCUCCAUGACAUCACUUCCUGCUGAAACAGGAAGGAAGGAGGUCGAAGAUAAACAUACUAGUGUUCCAGAAACAACAACUUCAGCUCCAACCACCACUAUGGCUCCAACCACCAGUACAACCACUACAACUCCAACAACUACAGCCACCUUCCCCAUCACCACCACCACCCUUCCUCCAACCACCACCACCACCCCCCAGCAUACCUCCACCACUGAGCCAACCACCACAGUGACAGCUCAACCACCAAGUCUGAUCUUCAUUCCCAAAGACCCGGUCCAGUCAGAGCCCGACCUCCAACCAGGCCACCCCACCCUGAACUCCAGCUCCAGCCGGGGGAAAGCGGUGGCGGCCCAGGGGGCGCUGAAGGGCGGCGUGGUGGCCUUCAUGGUGCUGGCGCUGGCCGUGCUGACGCUGGCGCUGGCGGUGGGCGGCCGGAAGGCCAUGGAGUCCUUCGACCGGCGCCAUUACACCAGACUGGAGCUCAACGACCUGCACUAUGAGAUUUAACAGGAGAAUCCAACAUUUCUGCUUUAUUUAAGGUUGUUUAAGUAUUAACUACACAACUCUGAACAUCUGCUCACACUUUGUUUACGAAGUCAGAGAAUCCUGCUCUCUGAUUGGUCAGACUCGGCUGUUGAAGCUCAUGACUCCAUUGGCCACAGAGAUAGUCCCCGCCCCUUGGCGUGGACGGAGAAACUCUGUCAUUGUUAAGAUUUUACAGAUGAAAUUUACAGACAAGUUAAAUCAGAUCUGGUUUAAUUUGGUUUUUAAACCGGAUCAAUGAUCUGAUCUCUGAUCAGUUCAUUGAUCUGGCCUGUGCAGUUCUAAUAACCACCACUAGAUGUCAUCCUUUUUUCUGUUAAUUCAGUUACUGUCACUUAGGAUUAUUAGUGUUAACCUGGAAAUAUUUAAAUUUCUGAAUAAUGUACCUUAAAUUAUUAAUAUGUUUAAAAUUUAUAUGAAAAUAUUUGUUCAUUUCUGAUAAGAAACCAAAACUGUGAAAAGUUUUCCAACCAUCAGAGCGGUGAAGACCUCUCAUUUCAGUGAUUUAAAGAAAUCUUGAUGAAUUUAUUGCUGAUAAAUAUACAGCUAAAACCAGAUCCGCCUCCAGAGGGAAUGUUCUGGUAUGAACACAGAAAUGAUCAGCUGUGUUCAUACACAGUGGCCACCAGAGGGCAUCAUCAUCACCAGAGUACCAUGAAACCUCCCGUCUCCUGUCAAAAUGGGACUGGUAACAACUCUAAGCUAUUUCAUAUUUUGAUCAACCCCAGAUGUGAACCUUGACAUGUAUGGUAUGUUUGAAACUCUUAUUUUGAAGUAAGAAGGGAAAUAGUUCCUUAGUUGGCCUGUUGAGUUGAUGGUCACGACUCGGUGAAGAAACCUCCAACACUAGCCAUCAUUUUCAACCACUGUGAGAAUACCGAUUAACAAGUUAGCUGCUAACAGAUUUAAAUCACCAAAGUUACAGUCGGCUGCUAACAGCGUUGCAGUUAGCUUCCAUUAAUGUUAGCUGCUAACACCUCAACGAAGUCCUGAAACUGUACCUAGAAUCUUGAGUUGGCCAGUUCAUUUGUUUUUUUUAUUCUUACUUUAAUAAAACAGUCGUAAGUUUGGUGAUUGUAAUGCAGCAAGUUGGGAAUCUGGGAUCACUAGUUAUGCACUUUGACCAACUAAGCUAGUUCAGUGAUGUUCGGUCUCUUUUCAAAGACCAUAAACCUGGUCAGGGAGGUCUCCUCUGGAUCUGCUGACCCUCUUUGUCCUGAAUGUUGGACGCUGCGGCGCUCUGCACGCUUAUGCCCUCUGGUGGCCAUUCUAGACAUAGCAUGAAAGACCAUGAGACGGGAGGAGAUGAUUAACACUGGAAAUCAUCUAAAACUGGUAGGAGAUCAGUGAACCCAGCUGGGAACUGAACCCACAACCCAGAUGUUGCUGUGAGGCAGCAGAGCAGCUGGAAGCUCCAGGUUCUUCCAAACACGAUCCAGUCCAAUCGUCUGGACUGAGCGAGAGGAACCGGCCCGGUUUGGAGGACUCAUACUGAAUGUGACCAUGGUGGUCAGUGAGGUUGGGUCAGUCUGGAGGUGUGUUGCUUCUCCAGCAUGAUGAGCUUCUUACCUGCCAGGUGAUCCAACAGCAGCAGCUCACUGCCAUGAUGGAUCCUGGUUCUGAUUCCACUCUUCCUGCUCCACUGGGUCACAGCGCGACCUCUAGACAUGAGCCUACGAUGACCUACUGGUUCCUCCAGGUUCCACCUGGUUCCACCUGGUUCCUCCUGGUUCCUCCUGAUUCCUCCUGGUUCCUCCUGGUUCCU